GAAAGUUGAGAAAAGCCUCCCAUACCCAUUACAGGAGUGGUAACCUCUUCUAGUAUCCUCAAGCUACCACACUCAUUCAGCUGAGAAUCCAGAAUCAUCUUCAUUGAAGCAUCUCCAAUCCCACCUGAAACUCCUCCCUGGGAUUACUUUGGCCUUUUCCAUCCAAUCGACCAUCAAUUUUCUGAGGAAAAAGGAAUGAAUGAAGGGGUUGAGAAUGUUGAUGACAUAAUGCAUACGAGGAAAGGUGAGGGAAUUCCUGAUCUAGAAGAUGGGGAAGAUAAAUCUUCUUUUCAUGAUAAGGAAGAAUCUCAGGAUUCAGAUGAUGAAUUUGAUGAGCCCUCAACAGAUACUUUGGUUCGAAGUUUUGAAAACUUUAAUAGGAUGCAUGAUCAGAAUGGGGUUACUGCUUCACAUACCAUGCAAUCGGCUGGAAGUUUGACUCCGGAAAAGGAGUUCUUAAAGGAGGAAAAAAGCAGCUCACCGAUGUUAUCACCUGUGAGGCCCACAACCUCAGCAGUUUCUGUUCAUGUUGACAUGAAUAAAAUGCCAGUUAAAGAAGAUUCCGUUGAGAAUAAGAUUGCUCCUAAGGACUUUUUUUCAAGCAUGAAAGAUAUUGAGUCUCUUUUUAUAAAAGCUUCCGAGUCGGGGAAAGAGGUUCCAAGAAUGCUUGAAGCAAACAAAUUGCAUUUUCGUCCAAUAUUUCCAGGGAAAGAAAGGGGAUCAGCGGCAUCUACAUUCUUCAAAGCUUGUUUUGCUUGUGGUGGAGAAGACCAUAGCCAAGUUCAAGAAGAACCUGCUCAAACUGAUGUGAAGUACUUGACUUGGCAAAGGACUGAAUCAUCUCGAUCAUCUUCAUCCAGGAAUCCUUUGGGAUUAAAUUCAGAUGAUAUUGGGGAACUUAAUAAUAGUCUUUUUGACAGUAUCUAUAUGAUAUCUGGAAGUCAUGCCUCAACAUUAGAUAGGCUAUAUGCAUGGGAGAGAAAGCUUUAUGAUGAAGUAAAGGCUAGUGAGACAGUUAGAAGUAUGUAUGAUGCAAAGUGCAAAUUUUUGAGACAGCUGGAAUCAAAGGGAGAAAGUUCAUACCGAAUUGAUAAAACUCGUGCUUCUGUCAAGGAUCUUCACUCAAGGAUCAUAGUUGCUAUUCACAGGAUUAACUCUAUAUCAAAUAAAAUCGAGGAAUUACGCGACCAAGAGCUCCAGCCACAACUAGAGGAGUUGAUUAAAGGGUUGAGUCGGAUGUGGGAAGUGAUGUUGGAAUGUCACAGGCUUCAAUACGGAAUCAUCUCCGUAGCAUACAGAAACAACACCAUCAAAAUUCCGGUACAUUCAGAGUCACACAGACAAAUUACGAUUCAUCUUGAAAACGAACUGAGCUUACUCUCUUCUAGUUUUACAAAAUGGAUUGGUGCUCAAAAGUCCUAUCUUCAGGCAAUUAAUACUUGGCUUUUGAUAUGUGUUUCUCUCCCACAAAAAUCUUCCAGAAGAAAGAAGAGGGCAACAGUCCCUUCAUGGAGAAACUAUGGCCCUCCUAUAUAUGCCACUUGUGGUGUUUGGCUAGACAGUCUUGAGAAAUUACCCACGAGAGCAGUUGCAGAUUCUAUAAAGGGUUUAGCAGCCGAAACCGCGCAUUUUCUACCACGUCAAGAGAAGAACCAAGGGAAGGGCACCAACCAACCAUAUUCGAAUACUGAAACUGGUUCAGCAGCUAAUAUGUUAAACAAUGAAGCUUCUGAUGAUUGGAAUUUAGGUCUGGACCGGUUUCGGUCAAGUUUGGAGGGAUUUCUUGGCCAAUUGAAUAACUUUGCAGAUUGUUCCGUGACAAUGUAUGCAGAACUCGAAAGGGCAAUCGAGGAUGCGAAGAGCAAGUACGAUAAACGGAAAUCGCAAUCGGGAGUAAGAUACGGCUAAUGAGACAGCUUUAUAAGCAGUUGAGACAAGAGGGUAUGUGGGAUUUUGUACAUGGAGAGAGUAAUACAAUAAAAGGGUAUUUUUUGGUGGAGCAUUUUUCAUAUAAGUUAGAAUAAGAAAAUAAAAUGAGUGUUUGGAAAAAUUGUAAUGUGGAGAUUUUGUUAUUUAUUACACGGAGUGAAUAGAGUGGAUCAGAAGUUGUACA